GAAACGGGAAAAGCUGUGAAGAAGUGUUGUCUGCAACAGACACAAACGGUUGAUGAAGAAGAGAUGAAAGAAAUCCAUAAUAUUCAUGAUAUUACUUUAUAUCUCAUUAGAGGAGUUUGGCCACCUCUCUCACUUUAAGAAAUGGCGCAAUCAUCUCAACAGUGGUCUCACAAGGACACAGAGACACUGAUCAGGUGGCGCAUGGCCCAUGGCUAUUUAUUCUCAGGCUGGAGAAACACUUGCAGAAAUGGCUGGGAGAUGUUCAUUCAAGAGACAAAAUCAAACCUGAAUGGAAAUAUUACUUCUCAAAGAGCAAAACGAAAGUGGGAGAACCUAAAAUGCAAAUACAAGGUUUUAAAAGCUCUUGCGAAGGAUGUUGAAACGGUUAAACCUGAAUCCUGGCGGUGGUUCAGACUCAUGGAAAAGGCAGUAGAUGGCGAUCCCACUGACGUCGACCCUCCUAAACCGACCUUACUGACCAACCUGGCGGAUGAGACCGAAUGUGCAGCCCAGCCCUGCAAGAAGAUGUAUCAGGUAGAAAUGGGGAGUGAUAUUUUAGAACUACUGACUCAUUCAGUCAUCGAGGUCAAUACUCAAGCGACGCUAGCCGAUGAUGGACCCUCAUCAGACACAGCAGAAAGCGUGAAAGAGAGACCGAUGGAAAAAAGCCCCCCAGAGACUCAUGACGAGCUACACUAUGAAAAAGCCAAACUCAGAAGAGAGCGACAGCUUCUGGAGAAGGAGCACGCAGACCUGGACCGAGAGCGAGUGCUGUUGGAGCGCGAGAGAGCUGUCGCAGACAGAGAGAAAACCGCACUGGAGAGAGACAGAGCGCAGUUGGAAAAGGACCGAGCUGCAAUUGACAGGGAACGAGCGUCUCUGGAACAGGACAGAGCGAGACUGGAGCGGGACAGAGCGGCCCUUGAAAGAGACAGAGAGACUUUAACCGCCAUGGCUCUUGAGACAAAUGCCACGGGACAAACUGAACCACACUCCCCAUAUGCCGAGGACAGGAAAAGAUUAAUAUUUUUGUUCGAGAAACUAAUCGAGAGAUUUUGAAAUCACUCUGAAGCACUUAAAAGCAUCAAUGUUGCUCUUUCUGUAGGUAUUUAAAAUAAUAAAUUAUUUAAGGUAAAGUGGUUCAGGUUAAGUUGACCCUUUUACUUGAGACACAUUUAGAGGAAAUGUGUUCCCAGCUGUGUUCAGAGCUGUACAGUUCUAGUACAUUGCAGUUCAGUACAAAACCUAAUGGAUAAUUCAUGUUAAGUUUAUUCCCACUAUUUUCAGGUUCUUGGAUGCAUUGAUUAAAGCUAUUGUUUCAGUC